AUGCCCGCCCGUCGCGUCCUCGACCACGGCGCGCGCGAAUACGUCGAUCGCGUCGUCGACGCGUUCGGCGUGACGCGCGCGCCGCCUCCUCCUCCGCCGCCGCCCUACGCGGCGAGCGGCGGCGGCGACGCGAGCGCCAAACACGCGGCGAAUAUCGUCGGCGUGAGCGGCUACCUCCUCCUCGCCGUCGCCGCGCUCUUCGUCUGCGUGCACUGCUGCCGGUUCGGGACGUGCCGGGACGAGUCGGCCACGGAGGAGGGGCUCCUCCGCGCGGCGGCGGCUCGACGCGCGGCGCGGCGGCGGCGGCGGCGGCUCGCGCGCGGCGGGCCGCCGGAGCCUUACGCCGGCGCGGACGACCCGCGCGCGGCGUCCGCGGAGCUCGCCGCGCGGGGGGGGCGGCAGCAGCAGCAGCAGCAGCAGCGGCAGCCGAGGUCGUUGCUCGCGCGAUGGCGCCGCGAGGCCGCGGAGAGCCAGGCGACGCGCGCGAGCCGCGCGCGCGGCGGCGACGGCAGAUCGGGGAGGCCCCGACGCGGGCAGAGUGCGGGCGCGGGCGCGCUCCAGGGCGGCGGCGGCGACGGAGGCGACGGAGGCUCGACGACGGACGACGAGGAGUACGACCGCGCGGUUCUCGCCGCCGCGAGAGGUCCGACCGGCGACGAGCCUCGGCCCGCGACGCGAGGUAUCAUCGCGUCGCUGCCGCGGUGCUACGUCGGGGACGAUAAGUGGCGCGCGAGGAUGGGGAUGGUUCCCGCGGCGGCGGCGGCGGCGGCGGCGGCGGCGGCGGCGGCGGCGGCGGGGGCGGGGUCGGGACCCGGGAAAGGCUUUGACUUCAUCACGUCCGUCGCGCUCGCGGAAGCGUACGACGCGGAAAGAGACACGUGUUCGAUUUGCUGCGAGGAGACCGAGCCCGGGGACGAGAUCGUCGUCCUGACGUGCGCGCACGCGUUCCACGACGAGUGCAUGACGCCGUGGCUUCGCGUGAAGCUCGAGUGUCCGGUGUGUCGGCACCUGGUGGAAAGGGUAAGUCGCAAGGACGCGCGCGCGGUGUUUUCGCCGCCGCCGACGUCGCGCGCGGGCGAGGGUGGAGGUCGCGAGGGCGACGCCGCGCACGUCGCGGUGGACGUCGAAGACGAGGAGAGGGCGAGAGAGUGA